GAAGGGUUUUCUUUCUUUUGGGUUUUUUACUUUUUUUUUUUUUUGGUUUUUGCCAAAAAAUUUGGAGGGUUUUGGAAGGCAGCACAGAAUCAGUUCUGGUCUUCCAAUCGCCCUCAGGCCUCGCGCCCGUCGCCACUCGCUUCCCUCACUGUCGCCCUCUUCUGGCCGCUGUCGAAGUCCAUGGUGUUGUAGUUUUGAUACUGUGGAACUUCAUGGGUUAUCUUUCGUAUGGCAGACACGCUCUUCAGCAUAUUAUUAGAAAUGCGAACCCCAAAAGCUCUUCUCAUACUGUGGUUAACCCACUGCUAUACGCUUGUCAAGGACUUAGAUACAGAAAACUGGAAGUCAUCCUUGCAACGAAUAUAGAUAAGCUUGGGAAGGCAGGUGAGACAGUGAAAGUUGCUCCUGGAUAUUUUCGCAACCACCUAAUGCCCAAGCUACUUGCUGUGCCAAAUACUGACAAGUUUGCUUAUCUCAUCAGGGAGCAGCGCAAGAUCUACAAACCUGUUGCUGAAGAAGAAGGAGAAGAAGAAAAAGAAGUUAAAUUAUCUGAAGAUUCAAAAGAAGUUAAAAUGAGAGAGUAUGAAAAGGCAGCAGUACGCCUCGUGAAAGCCAAGCUGGUCUUGCGGAGGAUCAUUGACGCCCAGAAAGCAAAGUCACGUGAAAAGAAAGAUGAGCCCUUGGAAUUGCGUUCAGCUGUAACAAAAGAUGUUAUUGUGGCUGAGGUGGCUAGGCAGCUUUGUGUGAACAUUGCACCAGAGAACCUGCAUCUUCCAACGCCUUUAUCAAAGGUGGGUGAAUAUGAAGUGCCACUGCUCUUGCCAAGGUCCAUUCCCCUACCAGAGGGGACCAUUAAUUGGAGUCUUCAAAUAAAAAUUCGGAGCAAAUAAAACUUUUAGUUUCAAUAUUUACAGACAUUACUUGCUUAUUUUCAUGGCCUUUUUUUUUUUUUGGGGGGGGGGGGGGAAUCCCCAACCAUUCGAUUUUGACAUUAUUUAUGUGUAACAUUCUAGGUGUCGGAAAAUCUGGAAUCAGAUUUACACUUAGUGGCUUGUUCAAUACAAAUUGAGAAUGGAAAUAGGAAAACUUUCUCAUGAACAUGGGAGUUUAUCAUUUCAA